CUUGUGAUUUCAUUUUAUUCCUUUUUUUCAGGUCUGCGAGAUGAAUGAUGGAUCAAAGGCUGUGAAACUUGGAGAUUUUGGAUUAGCAACCGAUGCAAAACAACCCUUGUUCGUUGUUUGCGGAACCCCUACUUAUGUGGCUCCGGAUAUUCUGUCAGAAAAAGGGUAUGGCCUAAAAGUGGACGUCUGGGCUGCAGGGGUCAUAACAUAUAUUUUACUUUGUGGAUUCCCUCCAUUUGUCAGUCCAAGCAACAACCAAGAAGAAUUAUUUGACAAGAUCCUAAGUGGACAUUUUGAAUUCAUUUCACCAUUCUGGGACGAGGUUUCGAGUUCCGCGAAGGACUUGAUUGAACACAUGCUUCAGGUAGAUCCAGAAAUGAGGUUCUCCGCUGCUGAGGUUUCGGACCAUCCUUGGGUUGCUAAUGACACUGCGAAAGAUAACAAAUUACAUGUGGCCAAGGAACUUAACCAAUAUUUCACACGUACCAAAAAACCAAAAGAUGGUUUGGCAGUCAUAGCAUCGACUGCUCUCGAUAAAGGGUCCAAGUACUUCCGGGGCCGCGGAGCCUUUACUGUGCACCCGAAACAGGACGAAGUCUUUUAAGCUCCACCAAUGUUCCUUCCACAUCUACUUUUAUUGAAUUUUCAUUGAAACACACCUACAACAACAACAACAACAACAACAACAACAACAAGCACAAA